ACAAAAAAAUAUUUUGCCACCACUCUUGUUUGCGUCAAAUCCGAGUAUAUAAAGAUGAGACGAAAAUUACCAAAUCCAGAUUCAUUGAAGCGGCAGCUCUCAGGAGUGAGACUAGUCCAAUAUCUCUCUCCCCGACUUCGGUAUUCAAGAAUUAAGCAACCACCAUGUUGCUUGUUUCGGUUUAUACUUUGCUGAGUUUGGCGGCGUGCGUCCCAACAUCUUUCGCCGACGACGAAACUUGCCAGAUGAGCACGCGACUGGUCAAAAAUCAGCUUACAAAAACCAGCGAAUGCGGGGAAAGGAUCGAGUCUUGGGGAAAGAAAGUUGACGAUACGUUUGUGAGAAUGGCAACGGAGAUUGAAAAGUUGGCCUCAAUCGUCAGGGACACAAGAGAAAAACAAUACCAGAUUGCCAGAACGGUGCAAUACACGGCAUGUCAAAAAGCGAAUUCGGUUUACGAGUUGACUGCAGUUGGGGGCAAGAGGUACCACUUCCACUACAAAGCAAUGACUUGGCAAAGAGCCAAGGAAUUUUGCGAGGACAAAGGAAUGAUCAUGGCCACACCGAAAACGCAGUCGGAACUUUCGGCGCUGCACCGAACCGCUUCAUAUCAUGCAAGUGACAAAUGGUGGUGGACUUCUGCGACAGACGAAAUGCACAACCGGCCUGGUGAGUUCUACUGGGCUGACGGAACUCGGCUCUACCACAGUGACGAUUUGUGGCACAGUUCAAAUAAUGAGCCCGAUUCAUACAAGAAGGGCGUUGAUGUGUGCGCAGAGUUUUCCCCUAAAACGGCGGCCAAGCUUGAAGACGCUCUUUGCUCUGAUGAAGAUUAUGUCGUCUGCGAGGUGCCCCCCGUUUGUCUCUAAUUCAUGUCUUUUAAAUUAUCUGCAGCAAUUGAUAAUCAUGUAAUUGAUAAAAAUGCAAUAUCAAUUAAAAGAAGCAUCAAAGUUUAAAAUAAAAAUAAUUUCAGGAAAAUAACAAUUUUGGAAAGUUU